ACAUACAAGCCAUUCAUAUUGAUAUUUAUUAUUUAAAUUAAUAUUUAUUAUACAUUAUUUUAUGCCUAUAAAUGUCACCUGGAACCCCAGGACUUUUUAUCAUCCAUCGUCUUGGCACUGAAUCUUAAUUAGCUCACUCUUAACAAGCUAGAACUUCUCCCAUUAACCAACCUGUCAAAUUCUUUAAUUUAUCCUUCUGAAGUUAUGGCAGAAACUCUGGCCUUAUCUAAAAGCGCUAUCUUUCUUCUUGCACUCAUUGCCUGCCUUCAAAUUCUGUUCACAGAAGGCAGGCCAAUCAAGUCAGUGAACAAGCAGGAGGUUGUUCACAAGGAAAUGACCAAGCAGGGCAGUGAUAAUACUAUCAACUCCCGCCAAAGCAAGAACACAAGGGGUUCUCAGCCUAGAGCCUCAAGUCACAUUCCUAAUACUGCAUUUGGUGAUUCUGCAGCAUCCAAGGAUGAUUUCCGGCCAACAUCGCCUGGUUAUAGUCCCGGUGUUGGCCAUCCUAAGGAAAUUGUUACUAGCUCCAGACUCGAACAUUCUGUUGCAGAAUUCAAAGAUAUUAUAAAACCUGAUGGUCUCAAACGUGAAGUUGGCAAAACCACCAACUUGCAUCAAAGCAAGUCAGGGAAGAUUAAGGGCUCUGAAACUAUACCCUUUAGUCACAUUCCAAAAUCUGUGGCAGGAAAAGACGAAGAAAUGUCAUCUCCAAUUGGCUUCAGUACUUCUUCUGCUGCAUAUGAUUUCCGGCCAACAGAUCCAGGCAAUAGCCCCUAUGUAGGCCAUCCUUUAUCACAAGAAGACAGUGAUGGAGAGACUGAUCCUCCGGCACCAGGUAGAGGAAAAGAUUACGGAUUCACACCUGGUCGCAGCAAUCGAAUUGGCCAAGAUGUCAUUUUCCACCGAAGCAAUUCGGCUAACAUAAAGGGUUCUCAAGCUACUUCCUCGAGUCACAUUCCUGUUAAUGCUCAUCAUCACCAAACUGCAGUGCCCCUGACCCCAACUGCCUUCCACUCUUCUGCUGCGUCAUCCACAGACGAUUUCAGGCCAACAUCUCCCGGUUUUAGCCCCGGUGUUGGGCAUCCUAAGGCAGUGAUUACUAGCUUCAACGUUGAAACUUCUGUUACAGAAUUCAAAGAUGAUUACCGACCCACACAACCAGGUCACAGCCCAGGAGUUGGCCAUGCUUAUCAGAAAAACAACGCAGAACCAAAUCCAUAGUAAUAGUUCAUUAUUAUUGCUAACUGGGAUUAACUCGGUUAGUCUACUUGGACGUGUACUAGGAUUUCAUUUGUUAUAUAAAUUUCUGUAAAU